UAACGAAAGUGGAAAUUCCUGUUGGAUUUGAUCCAAGCGUCAAUUUUGUUUUAAAAAUACAAGCAGAAUUAUUGAUUACAAGGUUUACAGCCAACAUGAACCGAAACUCAAGAGACGAUCAAAAGGACAGCGAUCAAAAUGUUCAUGGAUUGAGGAAAAUAACUUAUUGGUCAAAAUACAACGUCAAACGUUUCCCUUACCGCGGAAGGCGCAGAUACACACCAUUAGUUUACCAAUCUGAAGACGGAGGGAUGAUUAUCUCAAAUGACGUUUUCGGGUUGACUGUCAGACAGUUUGAACGAGCGUAUAAAGCGUGUUUAGACAGAAGGAAAACACAUGAACAGUAUAUACUAAAUAUAAGAUAUCCUGACAAAACAUCAGCUGAAUAUAUGGAAUACUUAGAGAACAGUAGAUAUUGCAAUAAAGAUUACUUGACCUGGACUAGAAAUCGUAUGAAAGAAAGAUACUUAUACGAACAUUUAGUGAAUACAGUUGGUUCUGAAAUAGACUUUCGAAAAAGACAAAAACUUUUUAUUUUAAAGGACAUGUUGAAUAAUGCAGCUUUGUCAAGCUUAACAGAAAUAACGAGUGGAAGUUUAGGUGAAGGUCUAGAUUUACCUGGUAGGGACAUCGAUCUAAUGUACGUCAUCCAUGAAGUAGAUGUAAUACAAGACAGAAGGACUAUCAAACAACCUUUAGAACAUGUAAAACGUACAACAUUGCUUAUGGAGACUGAACAUAAUCAUCCUGGAUUUACCAGACUCCGAUUGUUAAAAGGAUUUCAUCUGGAAAUUGACUUUAUAACAUUAGAAACCUUUGAAAAUACCAAUAAAGGCCUAUAUUUAUCAGUGAACAAAUUUGUUAGUAAGUUAAAGCAAUUACAUCCAUUUCUGAAGCUAUCAACACACGGUCCCUGUGUAUCAAGUAAAGGUCAAAAAACGGAUUUCGCAUACUGUAUUCGAAGUAAAUAUUUACCGUACAAUGCAAAAGAAUGGACUUUACGCAAUCGACAGCAAUGGCCCCCGAAUAACAUCAUUGAUAAGAUUAAAAAAGGCGGAUGUUUGCUAGUCCCUAUUGGACCAAAGACUAUGCCAGAUUGUAAUAUAUUGUGGAGAUUAUCUUUCUCUGAGGCAGAAAAACAACUUGUACAUUCGUUUAAUUUCACUCAACUGUUAUGUUACUGUCUCCUCAAACUUACAUUAAAGCAUAUCGUUAACACAAACAAACAUGCUGAAGGUUUAUUGUGUUCUUACUUUAUGAAGACAGCUUUAUUCUGGGUCUCAGAGGAAGUGGAUAUAGACACGUUUCAAUUGUCCAAAUUAAUUGUCUGUUUUUCGCACUGCAUAAAUAAACUAAUAGUGUGGGCAAAAAAGUGCUACUGUCCGAACUAUUUUAUACCACAACAAAAUAUGUUCUUAGGAAAGGUCAAUCUUGAUAACAAUAAGAUACUGGUAAAUGUAUUAGAUAACAUUAAAUGCGAAGGAAUUGUUGGAUUGAUAAAUAAAUUAUUUCCGCAAGACAAUACAAAUCAUACUUUAUUAAGAACACAUAUUGAAUCUUCCUUCAUGAUGUUAGACUUUCUUUUUUAUAAGACGUGUGGGUUCGAUUCUGCAACAGACUUAUCAGGAUGUUUAAAGGCACUGAUGUUUUCAAAAUCUUUUAUUAAGUCCACAUCUUCGACAUUUAUUAUUGAUAUAUGUAAUCACCAACAAGCUAUAAUAAGUCAACAUGCAGCACAGUUACUACCAAUACCAACCAAGAUGACUGACAAGUACAACAUGCACAAACGGUAUCAUAGAUAUUUACAAGCCGGUACCAAGACAGAUGCUGUAUCCGGUUGGUUGUUAUACGCAUCGUUUUAUUAUGUCACAGAACAGUUCAAUGUGACACUCAGACUAACGGAGUAUGUCCUAUCAAGAUGUUCAUCUGAGAUGACGUUAAAAGGCAAAGAUAACUACAGAGAAGAACAGAUAAAUAAUUAUAGAAUGCAUAUCAAUUCUACAAUGACAUUUAAUGACAAGAUGAGAAUAGCUAUGGUUAAUAAUGUCAAGUACGUAAAGCAAUCAUCUUUAAUACCCGACGAACUGCAGCUAGAAGUGAAUGACAAGCCCGUGUUUAUACCGCCUACUGUUAUGUCACACUGUCUUCGAUUUCUUUGUUACCAUCAUCUUGGUGAUAUUUCUAAAAGACACCAGGCAUUAUAUGAUUUAAUGCUCUGUCUAGAUGACUCAAAUUUCGUUAUUUCAGAUACCAUAUCUGUUUCAAUAACAGUACUUGGGCUUUGCCAAGAAAUAUCGGGUGAUAAGGAAACAGCCGAUUAUUGUUAUACUGAAGCGUUGAAAUCUGAUGAUGUAGUUAGUGCUACAGCAGAAGCAAGGAAAUCCAAACUCCAAAAAGAACUGUAAUAUAAUAUUUAACCAUCAACAGUAAUUGGAGCAUGUUAUUUGAUACACGUAUUAGUCAAUUAAGGUAUUAGUAGUCAUAGGAUAUAUGUUAAAUUCUGCUCUAUGUAUGACAAUAUGACAAUACUGUAGGAUUUGUCUGAUAUUUACAGGACUUAUUAAUGAUAAGAAAUGUAUAUAUUAUUCCAGCAUAUACAUUAUCUGAUUCAUUAACAGUAUUUCAAAUGUAAUAUCAUUACAUACAGACAUAAUAUAUCAGUGUAAGGACUCUUAACAAAUGCUUAAGUGUCUAAAUGUCGAAAGGAUUAAUCUUUUCAAAUAACAUUACUUUUAUAAUUUCAUUCAAAAUGUGUUAUUACUGAUGUCUUCUUAUCCCGUGUUAGUCAUCCUUUAAUCUUAACAUAUUAUUUAAGGUUAAGAAUUUCAAUAAACAUAAUACAAUAUCAGUAAUAAAAUAUAAUCGAACAAAACUUGUGAAGUUCACUAUUUUGCUAGUUUAUAAAUAGUCCUUGCAACAGGGAUAUAUUAUGUCAGUGUGUAAGGAUUUCUACUAAUCAUAUUUUUACCCUCGAUAUGAAAUACACUUUAUUUCACAAUACCUGGAUUGGAAAAAAUAAUUUUAAAUUUGUUCAUUUUUGUUUUACUAUUUUGUAACAGAUUAAAUUAGUAUAUGGACAGCAAAAACACACAAAAAAGAAAAGCUCUUGUACUGCUGUUAUCAUCUCAAAGUCAUAGUGAGGUCUUCAACACGGAGUAAAACAAACAGACUUUUUCUUGUUUCCUUAAAAUAGAAAUGACAUGGUUAAUGCUGCUAGGAACACAUUCGUCUUUUAAAUAAUUUUUGCUUUAUAUCUUUUCUAAUACUUAUUUUUUUAACAUAGUCUUGUAAAAACAUUGAUAUCAUUGCAUAAUUGAAUAUGUUCAAUGUAACUUGGUACAACAUAAUUUUCAUUUAUCAUGUUUAACAAUACAACAUACCUAAAAUCCUGGGUCAGCCAUUUUGUACAAAAAUACUAACGCAGGUGAAAACUUAACAAUAAAAUCCAUUACUAUUGCUAAUUAUACUAAAAACUCCUUAUGUCAAAAGCAUUUCCGGGGGAAAAAGUCCAUAAACAAAUCUGCAUAUGCAGAAAAGUUCUAGGAGAUCUUUCAUAAAAAGAAGAAAAAAAGACAAAUUUGGAAAACUAUUUCCCUUUGAUUAUAUAUUUUUGUUUUUCGUUUUUCAACAUUGCUCUAUACAGCAGAAUUACAAUUACACCAAAAAUUACUCAUUAAAAAUUCUCAAUUGUAUAGUUGUUAACUUGGUAUGAAUGAUAAUAGCUCAGUUCAAAACAGAUUUUAUUUACAUCUGUCCAGCCUCCUUUCAGAAAAUACAGUAAA